ACAAAAUAACAUUGUGACACAUUGAAUAAACACUAUGAAUGUCCAACACGUAUGAAGCAUGUGUGCUAAAAUGAAGAUAAUCACAUGCCAGUUAUGAGCAAUACAUAUAACUCAGCACUUUAUAGUGUACACAGUAACCUAGAUCCAUAUUGAAUGAAGUUAAUUGGUCAUUUACGAGGGUCCGUGAACACGUGCUUUGGCAACUUCAGGUGAGGGAGGGGGAGGAGCAUGUUGCCGUUGUUUUUGAAUGAAAUCUGUCUUGAUAAAAACAGAUACGGGCUUUCUGUUAUUAAUUAAUCCAUUCGUUUGUGGGCGCAUAACUAUAUCGUAAAAUACCACCUAACUUGCAUCCACGCAGUCGUAUUGGGUUAAGUGACGUCAGCAUGUUGUUUGGAUGUUUGUUCAUGGCCCGAAUUGGAUUUGCGCUUGCAUGUGGCAUCUUGUCUGGAGCAUUGGAAACGGAAUCUGUUCUCCAUUGCCACCCCCGUGUAAGAACAACACAUUUGAAAUCACUCCCCAAACCUGUAUUUAUGUCUUUAUGCUUUUAUCACAAUGCUUCCAGGCAGAAGUAGUCGUCACGGCGCUUAUCAUCUCCAAUGUGACUGCGCGCCUGCCCGUGUUUGUGCUCAUAAUUCAUGCAGACCUUGGCAUGACAAGAGACGAGGUUAUAUGGUCUUCUUGGAUCUCUGCUGGUUGUACAUUAACAAGUCUGUGCGCGUGAAGUGUCGGUGAGAGACAGAGGAAGUGAUUUUUUUGAAGAGACAGGCGUUUCAGCAACUGAUGAAGAGGUCAGGUGCUGGAUCUGUUGUUAUUUUUGCAUUUUGAGAUUGCCUGAUUUGCACAUUGGACCCGAAAGCCUUCAUGGAUUAUUUUUAUUUUUUAGUCUAAGAGGAUGAAUCCAACUAAAAUGGCUUCAGGGGGCUGGUUCUUGUGGUUGUGUACUUUUGCGACUCUCGUGGCAUCCCAUCAUGGUAUCAGACAGUGUUUAAGAGGCGUCUCAAUGAACGUGAUCCUCCUGGACGACGAAGAGUCUCCCUGGAGUUUAAAGUUUGUCCGGGGACAAAUACUGAAGGCCUUGGAAUCCGAGUCUGUGCAAGAAAACGACACAAAAUUCAAUCUGACGGUGAAAUUCGGUGGUUUCAACACAACCUAUUAUCGAAAAAGAGGCUGCCACAGCAGCGCCUGUGAAGGAGUGGCCGAGCUGAAAAAUCUUAUGCAUUCAAACAGCCUGGGCUGUGCCGUGCUCGGCCCCACGUGCACGUAUGCCACUUUCCCCUUGGUCGAUGCUGAGAAGGGUCUAAAAUUAAGCACGCCCAUCCUGUCGGCUGGCAGCUUCGGACCAGCCUGUGACAACACGCUCAACCUGCAGCGCCUCCUGCCACCCGCCCGCAAAAUCUCCGACUUUUUCGUCCACUUCUGGAAAGACGACAACGACAUCAAGUCUGUGUGGGAGACAGCUUAUGUGUACAAGUUACAGACUAACACGGAGGAUUGUUUUUGGUAUAUAAAUGCACUGGAAUCAGCCCCACACAUGUUUGCUCAGAAGGUGAAAAGAACAAUGCUGCGCAAACCGGAGGACCUCAAAACAGUCCUGUCGUCUCCCAGGAACAGGACAAGCAACUUGUUCAUUAUGUGCGGCUCUGUGAAGGAUGUCGCGGAGGUGAAAAACCUCGCAAAAGAAGCGGACAGCAGUGAGAUUCUCUUCAUCCUGAUCGAUCUUUACAAUGAUCAAUAUUACAUCAACGCAACGUCUCAUCCAUCCAUGAAGAAUGUGUUGGUACUCACCAUGCCCAACACCAGGAAUUACACGAUCAACUCAGACCUCAAAAGCAACAGCACAAUGAACGACUACAUGGCGGCGUACCACGACUCAGUGCUCCUGGUUGGUCGGGUGAUUCGGGAAAUAAUUGCAAAACCUCACCCGGGAGCUAAUCACAUGCCAUACGUGACUGUGAAUUACCUUCGGAACACCUCGUUUGACGGCAUCGCUGGGAACUAUCGGCUUGACAAGCAAGGGGACAGAGACGUGAACCUGUCCGUCAUUUACACCACAAAUGAUGACAAGUAUCGUAUUUUAUUCGAGUUUGACACAGAGCGCAACCUGACCAUGCAAGUUGAGGACUACCCCUCCUUUGUCUGGGGGACAAGACUUCCGAAUUUCAAACCGGAUGAAGAGGAGGCGUCGCAUAACAUCAUCGUCAUCAUCUUGAGUGUGAUUGUGGUGGUGGUGGCCAUCAUUGCUUUCAUCUUCUACAGACAGAACAGGAGAGAUCGUCUCCUGAGGAAGCGGUGCUCCAUUUCCCACAUCCCCUCCGAUCUCGUCACGCUGCUGGAGGACAACUCGCUCAACCAAGUCUAUCUGAAGAUUGAAGAGAGGAAAAAGGUUUAUAAGAUUCGCCGUGCGCUCUAUGAUAAGAAGAUUGUCAUCCUGAAGGAGCUCAACCACUUGGACGGUAACUUCAACGAGACGCAGAAAGUGGAACUUCAUGCGCUCCUGCAAAUCGACUAUUACAACCUCACCAAGUUCUACGGCACAGUGAAGUUCGAUCAGGGCGUGUUUGGGGUCUUUGAGUACGGUGAGCGGGGGUCGCUUCGGUACGUGCUGAAUGACAAGGUGUCCUAUCCAGAAGAGACGUUCAUGGACUGGGAGUUCAAGAUCUCUGUCAUGUAUGACAUUGCCAAGGGCAUGUCCUACCUCCAUGCCAGCGCCAUCCAAGUGCACGGACGCCUCAAGUCCACCAACUGCGUGGUGGACAACCGCAUGGUGGUGAAGAUCACAGAUUUCGGCUGCAACUCUUUUCUCAACCCUGGCAGAGACUUGUGGACGGCCCCCGAGCACUUGAGGAAGGAGGGCACCUCCCAAAAAGGAGACGUGUACAGUUUCGCCAUCAUCGCUCAUGAGAUCGUUCUCAGGAAAUCAACCUUCUACACGGAAUGCUGCUCGGACCGUGCAGAAAAGUUAUCGAGGGUCAUCAUGUCCUACUUCAGACCUGAUCUGGACUUUGAGACGGCGACAGAAAAAGAACUUGAGGUCUACAUGUUGAUCAAAAGUUGUUGGGAGGAGGAUGCUGAGAAAAGACCGGAUUUCAAGAAGGUGGAAAGCUAUUUGGGCAAAAUCAUUAGUAAAAUUCACAACAAAGACAACGAAAGCUACCUGGACAACAUGAUACGUCGGCUGCAGAUGUAUUCCAAAAACCUGGAGCACCUGGUGGGAGAGAGAACGGCUCUUUACAAAAUGGAGAGGGACCGCGCGGACUGCCUCAACUUCAUGCUUCUUCCACGCCCUGUGGUGAAGAGCCUAAAGGAGACGGGCGUCGUGGAGCCGGAGCUGUACGACGAGGUGACCAUUUAUUUCAGCGACAUCGUGGGCUUUACCACGCUGUGCCAGUACAGCACGCCCAUGGAGGUGGUGGACAUGCUCAACGACAUCUACAAGGGCUUCGACAGCAUCCUGGACCACCACGACGUCUACAAGGUGGAGACGAUCGGCGACGCCUACAUGGUGGCGUCCGGUCUACCGAACCGUAACGGGAACAGGCACGCGGUGGAUAUCUGCCGCAUGGCCUUGGACAUUUUGGCCUUCAUGGGUAACUUCCAACUCAGACAUCUGCCCGGGAUCCCCGUGUGGAUACGCAUCGGCGUGCACUCAGGUCUGUGCGCAGCAGGCGUGGUUGGUGUAAAGAUGCCCAGAUAUUGUUUAUUCGGGGACACGGUCAACACGGCGUCUCGAAUGGAGUCGACGGGACACCCCCUGCGGAUCCACGUCAGUCAGCCGACUAUUAAUAUCCUGACGAGGACAGACUGCAAGUUCGAGUACGAGUACAGAGGCGAAACCUAUCUGAAGGGUAAAGGAACAGAGACAACCUACUGGUUGACCGGCGAGACGGGCGAAGACUACGACCUCCCGACUCCACCUACGACGGAGAACUUCCAGCGGCUCCAGCAGGACCUUGCCCACAUGAUCCUGGCGUGCCUGGAGCGACGCUCCCGAGGAUCCGUGCGCCGAAAGAGGCCACUCAUGAGCUGGAGCCAAGAGGAGGACAAGGGGCGGAGAUCCGAAGCGGAACCCCCGGAAUACUUGCAUCUUGCCACUGUGGAUAACACCCUGAGCACCUUCCUGUAGGACAAACAUCAUCAUCAUCAGGAAAAGACUUUUGAAUGUCCAAAAUUGAUCGCGUCUUUGUUUCCGUUCUACACUCACCGGCUCCGAUGUUGGGUACGACUCUAUCCAUCCAUUUUCUAUUGUUUUUGUCCUCAUUAGGGUGACGUCCAGCUGACUUUGGGGGGGGGGCGAAAAGGCACUUUGGACUACACUUUGGAGUGCUCGCCAAUCAAUCGCAGGGCACAUACAAAGACAAGCAUUCGAUAGUCAUUGACUGGGAACUCAACCCCUGCUGCCUGCAAAGUACAGGCGAGUGAAAAACACGAUUAGUGACACGACGGGAACAUUUUUUACAACUAUACUAUAACAUUAAAAAGCAAAAGACAGUGUAGGUGCGAUCAGGAGAGUAAAAUAAGACACGAUACAAAAAAAAAAAAAAAGACAUUUUAUUUUUUGUUUUGAGGAGACGAGGAAUUCAUGUACAUAAAAUGUCAGCAGGCAAAGAUUUUGCUGUCUACUGCCGCUUGCUGUCAAACUAAAAAUGACAUCACAGUGCCGAGGGGUUCUCGGGUAACGACUGUCGCGGCUCACCUUGUUUUCUUCAUUUGGUGAUUGUGACAUUUGCA